GCACGACAUCUUAAAGAAUGGGUACUUUCGAAAGCAGUAAGCUCACCGCUCUCAGAUCAGAAGAGCAACUGAGUCUACUCAAUGAAAUCGACACGCUUCGCCGUUCUGGCAUUAGUGAUCAUGUCUCCUUGCCACAGAUUGCCGUUUGUGGAGAUCAAUCUAGUGGGAAAAGCUCCUGCCUAGAGGCCAUUUCGGGAAUCCCAUUUCCCCGCAAAGAUACCUUGUGUACUCGCUUUGCUACUGAGCUUGUUCUUCGCAAGAGUUCCGUGGAGUCAGUCGUGGUGAAUAUUGUUCCUAGCCAAAAGAGGUCCCAGAAAGAGAGCCAAGAACUCGCCGGCUUUCAGUACACACUUCAUUCUUUUGACAAGUUGCCGGAAUUGAUAAAAUCUGCCAAGAUUGCUCUAGGUCUUGACAAGCCUGGAAGCGGAUUUUCUUCAGACAUACUUCGCAUCGAAAUAUCUGGCCCGACAAGGCCUCAUCUAACAGUCGUUGAUUUACCUGGCUUGAUUCACGCCAAGAAUGAUGACGAGGAUGACGAAAAUGUGGAGGAAGUGGUAUCUGAACUUGUUUACUCAUAUAUGCGCCGUCCAAGAACAAUCAUAUUGGCAGUUGUCUCUGCGCUGAACGAUCGGGCUCUCCAAGCAGUACUAAAGCAAGUCAAAGCAGUGGAUCCACACGGCAGGCGCACUAUGGGCUUAAUCACGAAGCCUGAUACUCUAUUUGAGGACUCCGAGAGCGAAAAAGACUUUGUCAAGCUAGCUUCAAAUGAAGUAACGCAACUCAGACUCGGUUGGCACGUACUGAGGAACCGCGAUUUUAACACGAAACAUGUCACCUCUGUGGAGAGAGACAGGAUAGAGGAAGAGUUUUUCUCCCAAGGAAUUUGGAAAACAUUGCCUCGAGGAAUUUUAGGGGUUGCAAAAUUACGAGAGCGUCUGAGCAGGGUCCUCUUAGACCACAUCAAGUCGGAGCUGCCAGCUCUCAUUCACGAAAUCCAAGACAUCCUGCACGAGUCACAGCAAGCAUUUACAAAACUCGGGGAUCGCCGCGGAAAUGCUGAACAACAACGGUUGUAUCUUUUUAAGCAUAGCCAGCAUUUCACGAACAUCUGCAGAGCUUCAUGUGAUGGUAUAUACGAGGACAAGUUUUUCGGAGAUAUUGCUAGUGAAGAGUUCAAGACCCGCAGAUUCCGAGCUGUUGUUCAAAAUUUGAACCUCGCAUUUGCCGAAAUGGUGCGGAUAGACGGCCAAAAUAUCAAUCUUAGGGGUAUUGGAUUCGAAGGGAAAAGUAUUAAAGCUAUCUCAUGGGUUCGGGAUAUGCUAGUUUCUUCGAGAGGGAGAGAGUUGCCAGGAACUUUCAGUCCGAUGCUGAUUGGAGAUCUGUUCAGAGUGCAAUCGAAACCAUGGGAAAACAUCUCCAAAACCCACCUUCAAGAUAUCUGGGCAAAAGCUCGUGAUCAUUUAGAAGACAUACUUUCUUCUCUCAUGGAUUCAGAGGCAUACAUGGCGUUGCUCAUGCUUUACGUCGAUCCAUUAAUGGAAAAGCUACUCAAGAAAGCCACUGAUGAAUUGGACAGGUUGUUCCGUGAUCGGCAUAGACAUUCCAUAACUUAUAAUCAUUACUUCACUGAAAACGCCCAAAAAAUUUCUGAUGCUCGUAAUCAAAAGAAGCUCUUAGAAGUCUUGGAGAAAAUGUUCCCUUUAGACAACUACAGUCAAGUUCGCACUGGACCGAAGGAUCUCUCGAUCAUAUGCUCUAUGGUGUCAGGAUCUAUACCAGACAUGGAUACGCGUGCUAGCAUUGAGCUUCUUGAUCAUUUGGAAGCGUUUUACAAUGUGGCAAUGAAGACUUUUGUGGACAAUGUAUCUGUCCAGGUCAUAGAGGCAUCAAUCGUGGACAAGCUAGCGGAUGUCUUCAAUCCACUUGCAGUAGCACAGAUGACCAACGAACUUGUUUCACAAAUUGCUGCUGAGUCACAGGAAAACCAGACACAAAGAGAGCAGCUGGAAAAGAAGAUACAUAUUCUAGAGGAAGGCCUAAAGACCUGCAAAUGGCAUGCGGGUCGGUAUGCUUCAGAAGUUACUCUCGAAGACCCUCCGACCCCCGUAAUACAGACACCAAAGUCCCAUGAGCCCUCUGUAGCUGACUUACACGUCUCGAAUGUUUCAAGUGUGAAGGCCGACGUCGAAUCCCACGCAAUCGAUCAGGGAGAAGCGAACAAUCUAGCGGACGAGGCUCCGGCUCAUACAUACGUGGCAAGAAAAGAUGAAGCAAUAAAUAACAUCUCCACGUGGCGAAGCUUGAUAGCGAAGAAAUCCAGGAAGAAGAAAUUUAGGAACAUCGUGCCUGUUGCGCCUGAAGAUGGAGGAAGCUGGGGUUCUGAACUUCUGGAGCCACAACUUUCAAACUAGAUCAGUUCAAUACCAAAUACUACGACACUAUCGCUCAUAUGCU